AUGGCACAACACACUGAGAACAUUUGUACAGCCGUAUCAUCCAGCUACAGUGUUGUAGUACUCGCUUGCCGUGGUAUGCAUUGCGACAGAGGAGUUGACCUUGGCAAGGCCGACCAAGCCAGAGAAAACGCUGAAAUUGUUCAAAGCACAGCAUCCACAAGUCUGGUGAUUCCUGUUGAAGCAGACUUUUUUGUAGCGUACUCAACCCCUCCUGAGUACGUGUCAUGGCUGAAUCCAACCUUGGGGUCGUGGUUUAUCCAAGCUCUGGUCAAGGUACUGAACGAAAAAGGGACAUCGCUGGAAAUCAACCAACUCCUGACCAGGGUGAACCACAUCGUGGCGUAUCAGGGGGAGGCCAAGAAACAGAUGCCGUACUACACGUCUACGCUGACUAAAGACCUUUACUUCCAUGAAUAAAAACAUUAAAAGGUGCAGUAUUGGCAAUUUCUUCUUCAAUCUUACUUAGUUUACCUGUUCCUACUGGUCGAGAGCCCCUCACGUGGGUGUUUUUUAAACAGAUGCUAAAACACCGGCACAAAGUUUUUAAGACCGGCCAGAAAUAAAGGUGGCCCCUACAUCAGGACAAUAAAUGUCUGCUUACGAAAAUGUACAUGUAUAUUAAGUUUGUAGGUUUUGAAGUGUGAAAAUUAUACAAAUUUGUAUAGAGGGACUAAUUAUGGUUUACAUUUUUUUUGUCUUAUAGGAAGAAAACAUGGCUUCGCUCGGGUGGCGACCACACCCCUGCCCGGUUUUAAACUAGCCGUUUAAAACUGGGUGAGUAAAAAAAAGCGGAACCCAAACCCCG